CAUUGCGCAGGCGCCGUCGCCUUCUCUCGCCUUUUUUUUUUUUUUUUUUAAUCCCCGCACCAAGCGCUUAACCUCAUUGGGGUGGAGGAGAAGGCGGCGGUUGUGUGACCCGCAGCGACAACAGUAGCAAAUAAUGGGACUAAUGGACUGCUGAAUUAUGAAGUAUUUCAAACCCAGUAGUAGAAGAACAUCACUCUGCCACUCACUCCUUUAUCUCCUGCUAGUUAUUUAAAUUGGACUUUUAAUAUCCUUCCAGCUGCUCUUCAGACACACAUGGUGCAUUGUUGCCAUUCCCCAGAUUGCAUCUUUGAAACACAGGCUCUUAGUAACCUUCAGCAAACAAAGAGGCAGCUUCCCAGAUACGGGUACUGGGAGGGAGUCAUCCUGACUGCCCUCUAGCCUUUGCUGGAUCUGGAUUUGAAUUCCACCAUGGAGCCUCGCAUGGAGUCCUGCCUGGCACAGGUGUUGCAAAAGGAUGUGGGGAAACGACUGCAGGUUGGCCAAGAACUUAUAGACUAUUUCUCAGAUAAACAGAAGUCUGCCGACCUUGAGCAUGACCAGACCAUGUUAGAUAAGCUUGUGGAUGGACUUGCUACCUCUUGGGUGAACUCUAGCAAUUACAAGGUGGUUCUCCUAGGCAUGGACAUCCUGUCCGCCCUGGUGACCCGGCUGCAGGAUCGGUUCAAGGCGCAAAUCGGCACAGUGCUGCCAAGUCUAAUAGACAGACUGGGAGAUGCGAAAGACUCUGUGCGGGAGCAAGACCAGACUCUGCUGCUAAAGAUCAUGGAUCAAGCUGCUAACCCUCAGUACGUCUGGGACAGGAUGCUGGGAGGCUUCAAACACAAGAAUUUCCGCACGCGAGAAGGCAUCUGUCUCUGCCUUGUUGCCACACUCAAUGCCUCUGGAGCACAGACUUUAACUCUAAGCAAGAUCGUGCCACAUAUAUGUAACUUACUUGGAGACCCAAACAGCCAGGUUCGAGAUGCAGCCAUAAACAGCUUAGUGGAAAUUUACAGACAUGUAGGAGAACGUGUGAGGGCAGAUCUCAGUAAAAAAGGAUUGCCACAAUCCCGGUUGAAUGUAAUUUUUACAAAAUUUGAUGAGGUUCAAAAAUCUGGAAACAUGAUACAAUCUGCUAAUGAUAAGAACUUUGAUGAUGAAGAUUCUGUGGAUGGCAACAGGCCUUCCUCUGCCAGUUCUACAUCGUCCAAGGCUCCACCAAGCUCCCGGAGAAACGUUGGGAUGGGUCCCACCCGCAGGCUGGGGUCAUCCACCCUGGGAUCCAAGUCAUCAGCUGCAAAAGAAGGUGCAGGUGCUGUUGAUGAAGAGGACUUUAUUAAAGCAUUUGAUGAUGUACCUGUUGUGCAGAUUUAUUCCAGCCGAGACCUUGAGGAAUCCAUAAACAAAAUUAGGGAAAUCUUAUCUGAUGACAAGCAUGACUGGGAGCAGAGAGUAAAUGCUUUAAAAAAGAUUAGAUCUUUACUUUUGGCUGGUGCUGCCGAGUAUGAUAACUUCUUUCAACAUUUACGUCUUUUGGACGGAGCCUUUAAACUCUCUGCUAAGGAUCUGCGGUCUCAGGUAGUGCGGGAGGCUUGUAUCACGUUGGGGCAUCUGUCAUCAGUUCUGGGGAAUAAGUUUGACCAUGGAGCUGAAGCCAUUAUGCCAACCAUCUUUAAUUUAAUCCCAAACAGUGCCAAAAUUAUGGCCACUUCUGGUGUUGUAGCUGUUAGGUUAAUCAUUCGGCAUACACAUAUCCCUAGGCUAAUACCUGUCAUAACAAGCAACUGUACCUCCAAGUCUGUUGCAGUCAGAAGGCGCUGUUUUGAAUUUUUAGACUUGCUUUUACAAGAAUGGCAGACACAUUCACUGGAACGACACAUAUCAGUAUUAGCUGAAACAAUAAAGAAAGGAAUACAUGAUGCCGAUUCUGAAGCCAGGAUAGAAGCCAGAAAAUGUUACUGGGGUUUCCACAGUCACUUCAGCAGAGAAGCAGAGCACUUAUAUCACACCUUGGAGUCCUCCUACCAGAAAGCCUUGCAGUCACAUCUGAAGAAUUCGGACAGCAUAGUGUCUCUGCCUCAAUCCGACCGCUCAUCGUCUAGUUCUCAAGAGAGUCUCAAUCGGCCACUCUCUGCCAAAAGAAGUCCAACUGGAAGCACCACAUCGAGAGCUUCCACAGUCAGUACCAAGUCUGUGUCGGCCACGGGAUCCCUGCAGCGGUCUCGAAGUGACAUCGACGUGAAUGCCGCAGCCAGUGCCAAAUCCAAAGUCUCCUCAUCUUCUGGCAGCACGCCGUUCAGCUCAGCAGCGGCUUUGCCUCCAGGGUCGUACGCAUCCCUAGAAUCCAGACACAUGAGGGAAGACAUGGAGUACAUAGGCCUGGACGCAGAUGGUACUGCCACUAAAGCGGAGGGUCGUAUCCGCACGAGACGGCAGAGCUCUGGGAGUGCCACCAACGUCGCUUCCACACCCUCUGACAGUCGGGGCCGCAGUCGCGCUAAAGUGGUGUCACAGUCUCAACGAUCCAGAUCUGCUAAUCCUGCUGGUGCUGGCAGCCGGUCAAGUUCCCCAGGGAAAUUGUUGGGAAGUGGUUAUGGUGGACUUGCUGGGAGUUCCUCAAGAGGCCCACCUGUGACAUCAUCUUCAGAAAAACGAAGCAAGAUUCCCAGGAGUCAGGGAUGUAGCCGAGAAACAAGUCCAAACCGAAUAGGAUUAGCACGGAGCAGCCGUAUCCCUCGACCCAGCAUGAGUCAGGGGUGCAGCCGCGAUACCAGCCGUGAGAGCAGCCGUGAUACAAGCCCUGCUCGGGGCUUCCCUCCACUCGCCUCUCGACGUCAUUCCAGGUCCACUAGUGCUCUCUCCACUGCUGAAUCUGUUGGGCAGUCAGACCGGUUUGGGCUUGGCCAGACAGGAAGAAUCCCUGGCUCUGUGAAUGCCAUGCGAGUUUUGAGCACCAGCACCGACCUGGAAGCUGCCGUCGCGGAUGCUCUGCUAUUAGGAGACUCCAGGAGCAAGAAGAAACCAGUGAGGAGGAGAUACGAGCCGUACGGAAUGUAUUCUGAUGACGAUGCCAAUAGUGACGCCUCAAGUGUUUGCUCCGAGCGCUCCUACGGCUCCAGGAAUGGCGGCAUUCCCCACUAUCUGCGGCAGACCGAGGAUGUGGCAGAGGUUCUCAACCACUGUGCAAGUUCAAACUGGUCAGAAAGGAAAGAGGGACUUCUGGGCCUGCAGAACCUCCUGAAGAGCCAGAGAACCCUGAGUCGAGUAGAAUUGAAAAGGUUGUGUGAAAUCUUCACUCGGAUGUUUGCUGACCCUCAUAGCAAGGUUUUCAGUAUGUUUUUGGAGACUCUUGUGGAUUUUAUAAUAAUUCAUAAGGAUGACUUGCAAGACUGGCUUUUUGUUCUUCUCACACAACUGCUUAAGAAAAUGGGAGCAGAUUUACUGGGAUCUGUGCAAGCAAAAGUUCAGAAGGCUCUAGACGUUACGAGGGACUCCUUUCCAUUUGAUCAGCAAUUUAACAUUUUGAUGCGCUUUAUUGUGGAUCAAACUCAAACUCCAAACCUCAAGGUCAAAGUUGCCAUCUUGAAAUACAUUGAAUCUCUGGCCAGACAGAUGGAUCCAACAGAUUUUGUAAACUCCAGUGAGACAAGGCUUGCGGUUUCUAGAAUCAUAACCUGGACAACAGAACCAAAGAGUUCAGAUGUGAGAAAGGCAGCACAAAUUGUGCUCAUCUCUCUGUUUGAAUUGAACACUCCUGAAUUUACUAUGUUACUUGGUGCCUUGCCAAAAACAUUCCAGGAUGGUGCCACCAAACUCCUGCAUAACCACCUCAAGAAUUCCAGCAACACCAGUGUGGGAUCUCCAAGCAAUACAAUGGGCCGGACGCCCUCUCGACACCCCAGCAGCAGGACCAGCCCCCUGACCUCACCCACUAACUGUUCCCAUGGCGGACUGUCUCCAAGUCGGUUAUGGGGUUGGAGUGCCGAUGGGCUAUCGAAGCACCCACCUCCUUUUUCUCAGCCUAACUCCAUUCCCACCGCUCCCUCCCACAAGACUCUCAGGCGCUCUUACUCUCCCAGCAUGCUGGACUACGACACAGAAAACCUGAAUUCCGAGGAAAUCUAUAGUUCUCUGCGUGGAGUCACAGAAGCCAUUGAAAAGUUUAGUUUCCGAAGCCAAGAGGAUCUGAAUGAGCCAAUCAAACGAGAUGGCAAAAAGGAGUGUGACAUUGUGUCCCGCGACGGGGGAGCUGCCUCCCCUGCCACUGAGGGCCGGGGAGGCGGAGAAGUGGAAGGAGGCAGGACAGCUCUGGAUAACAAGACCUCCCUCCUCAACACCCAGCCUCCUCGCGCCUUUCCUGGGCCACGUGCACGAGACUACAACCCAUUUCCCUACUCAGACACCAUCAACACCUACGACAAGACAGCGCUGAAGGAGGCCGUGUUCGACGACGACAUGGAGCAGCUUCGAGAUGUACCCAUCGACCAUUCUGACCUUGUGGCUGACCUCCUGAAGGAGCUCUCCAACCACAACGAGCGGGUGGAGGAGCGGAAAGGCGCCCUGCUGGAGCUGCUCAAGAUCACGCGGGAAGACAGCCUGGGCGUGUGGGAGGAGCACUUCAAGACCAUCCUGCUGCUGCUGCUGGAGACCCUCGGAGACAAAGACCAUUCCAUUCGAGCCCUAGCAUUAAGAGUUUUACGGGAAAUUCUGAGAAACCAGCCAGCAAGAUUUAAAAACUACGCCGAGCUGACCAUCAUGAAGACUCUGGAAGCCCACAAAGAUUCCCAUAAAGAGGUGGUGAGAGCCGCCGAGGAGGCUGCGUCCACGCUGGCUAGUUCCAUCCACCCGGAGCAGUGCAUCAAGGUGCUCUGCCCCAUCAUCCAGACGGCCGACUACCCCAUCAACCUCGCCGCCAUCAAGAUGCAGACCAAAGUGGUCGAGAGGAUUGCCAAGGAGUCCCUGCUGCAGCUCCUGGCUGACAUCAUCCCCGGCUUGCUGCAGGGUUAUGAUAACACCGAGAGCAGUGUGCGCAAGGCCAGCGUGUUUUGCUUAGUGGCAAUUUAUUCCGUAAUCGGAGAAGAUCUGAAACCUCACCUGGCACAGCUCACAGGGAGCAAGAUGAAGCUGCUCAACUUAUACAUAAAGAGGGCCCAGACCACCAACAGCAACAGCAGCUCCUCGUCGGACGUCUCCACACACAGCUAAUGCCAGUGCCCCUCUGCGUAGACCGAGAAGCAAGUGGUGGUGCCUCAGAGACCUCUCCCCACCCCCAUCGGCUGCCCAGUCAGUGCACGGAGGCCCGCAAAUAUUUAUUACAAUCAGUAUUUUGGUCCCUUCCAGCUUUUGUGUAGAAUCUUACUGGUAUUGAAUGUAAAGGAAGCAAGGCCUGUAUCACAAUCUUCAUCGAAACAGAAAGAAUAGGAAACGGAAAGAGCCAUACUUAACCAUGUCUUGUGCCGCCUGCUGAGAUCCUAGACCAUGUGUGGCGUGCCAGCACUGAGUAGAAAGUCGGGUUGCUUUGUUUGCCCAGUGAGUAGCAGGUGAGGGUGGGUGGGGUGUUCCUUUGUGUUCUUCCUUCCUGGCGUGUUUUGCGUGAGUAUGGCCUGUGUGGGGCAGAGUCCCCCCCUCCGUGUCACAGCCCGCACUGUGACAGUCUGUGUUUCUUUAAGUUGUGCUCUGAUACCUACUAAAAAUGGGACUCAGGUCUUGGCAAGCAGAGGAGAAAAGCCUGAGUAUGGCCAUUGAGCAAGCCGUGCAGAGUUUGGCUCGUCGUGCCCACGUGGGAGGCUGCCUGGAGUGAGCGCCACGUCGACCCCGCCUGCCCUUCUGAGCAGCUCCACAGAAGGGGUCCCCACCCCGCCGCUCCCAGGGGCCAGAGUUCUUCAAGUUUCAAUCCAAACAGACCAUCAAGGUGAAUUUGUCACAUCGUUUAGGGAGGCCUGCGGUGGCAUUCCUGCAGCGGGAAGAUACAGGAGAGGCAGGCUCAUGCUUACAUCAUGGCGGGGUCCACCCAGCAGCUCGUCCUUGGGGGCAGCAGUGCUCCACUCCACGCCCUGCAAGCUCUGCCAGAACUGCACCGCUUCCAGAAUGUUCUGUUAGCCCGAUCACGGCAACCUUACCAUCUAAAUUUUGACUUCUCUGUUUAAUUUGGGAUUAAGAGCAAAGAAGAGUCUAGAGAAACCACGUAUUAGAAUCAUUUCUUAAAAUUUUAUAAACCAAAGUACUUCCCUGAUGGUUGAAAUAGUCGUCAUUCAAGGAUAAAGUGAUGGUGACGAGUGGCAGAUGCAGAGAAGCAGCAUUUCAGACCCACUUUCUAGAACUGUUUUCUUGCCUUGCACGUGAAGCCACCAGGCCCUCUUCUAGCCUCUCAAGGGUCUGAUUGCUCUGACAAAAGUAUAGACUCAGAGUCUGGUUAAAUAAGCUUUGAGACAAUUCUUAGCCAAAUGGUAAAUCUUAAAUGCAAUCAUGAAGACUUCUGUUGUCUGUUACUGUUCUAUUUUAGAUCUGAAUUGAACUGAUUUUUUUCCAUGAGGAAAAUGCUCCUUUUGAUGUUGAUUUCAGUGAGGUGUUGUCAUUCAAAUGCUUUGUCCAUUGCAGCCACUAGGACUGAAAGCUGGGCUGCCCAAGUGUGGGUUUCACCCCUGAUUUCCACAUCCCCCUCCUGUCCUCUGACCCUCCAGAUUUAGUGUGGGGAAGUCAGGAAAGACAGUUUAUUUGGAAAUAUGCACUGCAAAUGAAGGCCUUGUGAUGCCCAGGACCAUGAAGCCAGGCUGUGGCCACUACUCUGUGUGUGUGUGUGUGUGUGUGUGUGUGUGUAUGGAGGGGGUGUCUUACACGUGUUAAGCACUCCACUGCUGCUGUUUAGGGAACUUCAGGGGUGCAUUUCAGGUGGUUGAAUAUUGAAUACUACUUGGCUCAGAACAUGGCAGGACCAGGCCUUACUUUUCGUUGUUAAUAUUUCACUAAUGGGAUUUCUUUUUUACACUCUGUAAGUGAGUCCCAAAAUCUUCUGGUUACUCCUCUGUUGUAGAAAUGUGUGUGCUGGUAAGAUUAUUUAUGAGUUAUUUUAUGCCUGAUCCAGGCAGAAGGACCUUUCCCCUCAAGGUCUUUGGCUCCAAGGUCCCCACAGCCCCCUGUGGAGUUGGAAGGAUCUUGAACAUCGCCUGGCGUCCUCACAGGACUCACCAAGGGCUAAGCCUCGGAUGCCACUUGCCCAGUCCUCAGCCUCCCACUCAGAGAGAGGUACAGUCACUUCCGAGGUCUCGGCCCCAAGCUGAAACUGCUGCCCGCUGCACCGAGGGGACUCGCAUGCCGCCACCGCCACCUCACCGGGAGGGAGGUCAUGCCCACUGCCACCGCCCUCCCGGAGCCCAACAGCUGCCUUGCCACCGCCCUGCAGGGCUCCUGGUUAGACGAAACACCAGAACACAACAGAGCAGAGCACCCCAGACUGUGCCGGCCUCCCUGGCUGCCCGCACGGGGCAGGGGCUGGGUCGUCUGACUUCCUGCUUCCCCUCCAGCUGCUGCCUCCCUCUCCAGGCCGGCCUGGCGGUUUCUCCCAGGGCCCGCCUGCCUUUUCUAUGGCUCACCUCUAGCUUACCGACACCCUGUGCAGGGAACGCGGCCGGCCUUGUCUCAUCAGUCUUUUCUUUCCCUGCCACCUUUUCCUUAUCACGCCUAAUGUCAUACCUUCAAGGAGAACAGCCAGAGAGCCUUGCAGAGAGCCCCACCAGGACCUGGCUAGCAGUCACGUUCGGAACUCAAACAAGAGACACUCUGCGAAGGAUCAGCCACCGAGACAGUUUGGUUGGCACUCUGUUCACACGCAUGGUCCCCACACCCCCAGGUUGGGUGGGUUUUUCAGUUAGUUUUUGUUUUUUUUUCCCCUUGGGCUUUUUCAUGUUACAUCCAUAUCUGUAUUUAUAUCUUAUUUGUUUCACUUUCAAGUGUAUCAUGGCAAAUGUACAGAUUUUUUUGUUAAUAAUGUGCUAGGAUUUGCUAAAAAAGAAAACAACAAAAAAAAGUCCCUUUUGAGUUUGCCCUAGAAUAAAUGAAACUUAAUUCA